AUGUCAACGUUGAUGGAUGGGAGACAGAGCCACCGAGUGACAAAGGCGAGUAGCAGUAAUGGCGCACCUUCAGACCGAGACACGAACAGAGAUUGCGACGGCUUGGGUGCGCGAGGAAGGCUUCGCGGUGACCACAACAGCUGCUUAAAGGAAGGGAAGGAGGGUUGCCGCGGAGUGAAAGGGAGCGACCCGAGGACCAGCGGUGGCGGCACGCAGAUAUGGCUGGCCGCAGAUAUGGACAAAACCUGGAUUCUUAAGCCACGAGAUAGCGUAGAAUAUAGACGAAGACUUAAUAAGUUCCUAGACUUUGCAUUUGCGAAUGCAUCGUCGGAUAACAUGAUAAAGUGUCCAUGCCCUCAAUGUGGGUUUCAAUUUAUGCAAACAAGAGAGGAUGCGUACGACCACCUGUUGAUAAAGCCCUUUCCCCCUGGCUAUACUUUGUGGUUGCGUCAUGGUGAGAAACCAGCUAGGGAGAGCUCUACUUGCACACCAAUAGUUGAGAAACCUACACCCGAGGUGAAUCCAUAUCUUCAAAUGGUGCACGAGGCAUUUAACUUCACAAUGCCUCCUGAAGGUGAGGAGACCACAACAGCGGAUCCUGUAGAAGACGAUGAUGUAGAGUUACCGUACUUGUACGAUGGUCCAACUCGCGAGGCACAGGAUUUUGUCGAUCUUCUUGCGGAUGGAGCGGAGGAAUUAUAUCCCGCCUGCUCGAAGUACUCUAAGUUGUCUUUCCUAGUGAAGCUUUAUCACAUUAAGUGUAUGUGUGGUGUGAGUGACAAGGCUAUGUCGAUGAUUUUGGACUUACUGCGGGAUGCAUUUGAUCAAGCCAAAUUCCCGUCCACUUUGUAUGAAGCCAAGAAAACUAUCCGAAAGUUGGAGAUUGAGUACAAAAAGGUAGAUGCAUGCCCGAAUGAUUGCAUGUUGUAUCGGGGUGAGGAUGAGGGCGCGACCAGAUGCAAGCAGUGUGGGACUUCACGAUGGAAGCAGAAGACGCGAAAGGGUUCCGUUACGAAACUCAAAAUACCUCAUAAGGAGGCAGUUAAUAACGAUGGGUACUUGAGGCAUCCAAGGGACGCUGAAGCAUGGAAAGACUUUGAUUCAAAGUAUCCUUCUUUUUCUAACGAUGCUCGCAGUGUUCGCUUAGCUUUAGCAAGUGACGGUUUUAAUCCUUUCAGAAACAUGAGUACCACGUAUUCCAUUUGGCCUGUGAUUCUUAUUCCGUACAAUCUUCCUCCCUGGCUAUGCAUGAAACAGGCAUCUUUUAUACUAUCUAUGAUUAUUCCCGGUCCUAAAAUGCCGGGUAAUGAUAUCGAUGUUUAUUUGGAGCCCCUGGUGGAUGAGUUGAAGCAACUCUGGGAUGGCGUCGAAACUUAUGAUGCUAAUAAGGGGACCACUUUCAAGAUACGUGCGGCACUAUUGUGGACUAUUAGCGAUUUUCCAGGUUUGGGAAAUUUAUCUAAGUGGAACACGUAUAGUGGGUUAGCGUGUCCCACGUGUAACGUGGAUGCUAAGCCUCAACGUCUAACAUUCAGUCGAAAAUGGUGUUACACGGGCCAUCGCCGCUUCUUGAAUCAGGGCCAUAAAUAUAGAUUUGACCGGAUUAGAUUUGAUGGACAAGUUGAAAGCAGAGAUCCACCGAAGAAGUAUUCUGGAGCAGAUGUCUUAAGGCAGCAGUGUAACAUGCAAGUAUCGUUUGGGAAGAGCUCAACUCUGACAGCCAAAAGAAGACGCAUUGGUGAAGAUGCAGAUCAAGAUGACUCGUAUUGGAAAAAGAGGAGUGUGUUCUUUGAACUCCCGUACUGGAAGGAUCACAUGUUGCGUCACAACCUGGACGUGAUGCAUAUAGAGAAGAACAUUUGUGACAAUGUGGUCUUCACUAUCUUAAACGAUAGCGUCAAAUCAAAGGACAAUCUUAAGGCUCGCAAAGAUUUACAAAGCAUGGGCAUAAGGUCUGAAUUGUGGCCGGACGAAGGUGGUAAAUAUCCUUCAGCAAUCUUCACAAUGUCGAACCCACAGAAGGAUGUAUUCCUGAAGACUCUACAGAGCGUGGUCUUUCCGGAUGGUUACUCGAGCAAUAUUGCGCGUUGUGUUGACAUCCGGCACCGCAAGUUGUAUGGUUUGAAGAGUCACGACUGCCACAUUCUAAUGCAACAAUUACUUCCAAUUUUGGUGAAGAAUGCACUGCCAAGUCCGGCAUCAAAUGUGAUUGCGAAUCUGUCCUCAUUUUUUCGAGAACUGUGUGGAAAAGUUGUAAAUCCUAUGAAUCUUGGUGACCUUCAGAAUCAUGUUGUGCAAACUCUGUGUCAGAUGGAAAUGAUUUUUUCUCCAUCCUUCUUCACUGUCAUGGUUCACCUUACAGUGCACCUCGUUGAUGAAAUAAAACUUGGUGGCCCGGUACAUUAUCGGUGGAUGUAUCCAAUAGAAAGGUAUUUAGGACGAUUGAAGCAAUACGUGCGUAAUAGGGCACAAGCAGAAGGCUCAAUUGCAGGCUAUUUAUCCGAGGAGAUUUUGACAUUCUGCUCCAGAUAUUUGGAUAACAUUGAGACUAGAAUCAACCGACCAGCGCGAGUUGACGAUCGACCUGCUGAUGCGACAAACAAUACAGGAUGUGAUAUGUUCCCAGAAAUUGGAAGAGCUUCAGGGGCUGUAUCACAUUUUACACUGACCCCAAUGGAAAGAGAUCAGGCACAUCGUCAUGUGAUAGUCAAUUGCGAGGCCGUUGCUCCAUUUAUUGAGUAA